AUGUCCGAAACCCCUAAAGAAGUUACUAAAAGUACUGUAAAGGAUGCUUCAACAUUAGAUGACGGAAAUACAAAUGGUUCAACCUCUGAAAUUCCAGGAGAAAAUAAAGAUGAAACGACAACUAAAAUUCUAGGAGAAAAUAAAUAUGACACGACAAUUGAAAUUUCAGAAGAAAAUAAAGAUGACACAACAAUUGAAAUUAAGAAAAGUACUAAUAAUGCCAAUAUAAUGGUAAAUCAAAUUCCUGUUCAAAAUCCUAUGAUACCUGUACCUAGAAUUCCAACAUUUGGAAACCAUCACAUUUUUCCUUCGGAUUUAUUUAUGUAUCCACAUGGACAGUCAAUGGUACCUUUCCCAGGUUCUGUCAAUGAGUGUGAACCUUUUACAAUUGAAGAAAUUGACGAUUCAGUUUAUUUAAAUAUAAUUGAUAAAAACUUGUUAGCUAUCUUACAACAAUUUGUGAGAUCUGAAGAAUUGUAUGCUGUAAAACCCAAGGUAAUGAUAGGAAAGAAGUUCAGGAUCAAACUUCUGACAGAUUAUGUUGGGAAUAAUUUAACAACAAAUAAUGUGUCUGGUUCUAAUGUCCCUUUGGACAAUCCACAUAUUUUACCAUUAAAAAACCUAGUCAACUGGCUAGAAAAAGCAUUUGAUACGACAUUAAAGCAAAUUGAUAAUAUGAUCAAUAAGCAAGAAAUUUCAUUUAAACAUUUGUGGUAUCUAUUUCCAACUGCAACUCAGGUAUAUGCACAAUUGCAUAACAAGAUUGUUGGUGCCCGGGUUACAAAUUGUGAAUAUAAAACUUAUUUCGGUACACAAUUCUUUACUAUUACUGGUGAAAUUAUUGAAUCAAAUGGUCAUGAGUUUGUGAACUGUGUCAAAUACUGGCAUAUUGAUCAUUUUCUCGGCGUUUUAAGUAUUGAUAAACUCCCUGCAGUUCCCUUAAAAAAAGAAUGUGAGAUACGUGAUAAAUUGGUAAAACGGGGUAAAAUAUUCGAAAAGUAUGCUCUUGGUGCUCAUUAUUUAAGAUACUCUGGAAGAUUUUUCCGUAAAUCUUGGGUUGGUGAUACUUAUUACAGAGGAGAUGGACGUAUUAUGAUUGAUGCUGCAACCUUUAGUCAAAUUGAUCCAAAUUAUAAGUCAGAUGUUAAUAACAACCGUCAUAAUUAUAUACAUAAUUCGUCUAUUAAGGGUGACAAAAAAAAAGUUAAAGAGGAAGAAUUAUAUAUGUGCGCUCCUACAUUUUUUGGUUUCAGCUUUAUUGCUAAAAAAUGGGGUCAAUUUUAUGUUGAUCAAGUAGAUGAAAUUAAAUUUGAUGAUGAUGCAUUUAAUAAUUUAAUAAUGGAUACUAAUAAAAAGGAUAUUAUUGCAAGCUUGGUAACAUCUGAACCUUAUGAAGGAUUGGAUUUGAUUAGUGGUAAAGGUGGUGGCUGCAUUUUCUUAUUACAUGGACCUCCUGGAGCUAUCUCUGAAUAUUUACAUCGUCCGUUAUAUGCUGUUAGUGUUGGUGAAUUAGGCGUGACGCCUAAGGAAUUAGAAGCAAAAUUAAGUGAAAUUCUUGAAGUUGCAAGCAUUUGGAAUGCCGUCAUUCUCAUUGACGAAGUUGAUAUUUUUUUGGAACAAAGAAGUAAAAAUGAUGUAAACCGUAAUGCUUUAGUGGGAAUAUUCCUAAGAUUAUUAGAGUAUCACCAGGGAAUUCUCUUUCUUACAACUAAUCGUGUUGAAAGUUUUGAUAUGGCUUUUCAUUCGAGAAUUAGCAUAGUCUUAAAAUAUAAUGUCCUUGACGAAACAUCACGAGCCCAAAUUUGGCGUACAUUUUUAGAUCGUGCUGAUGGUAAAAACAAAAGUCAGGUUGACAUAGAAAAAUUAAAACAACGUCAAUUGAAUGGCAGAGAAAUCAAAACGGCCGUUCGAAUGGCAAAGGCUCUCGCUACAAGAUCUAAUCCUCCUAAUCCUCCUAAUCCUAACGCUAUUAUUACCACAUCACUUUUGGAAAAAAUUUUGGAUAUUUCUGAUAUUUCCCUAAAGGAAAUUUGA